AUGGUAUGCCAAGAGGCUGCCAAAGAGGGUCACUCUGAAAUUCUGAAAUGGUUACAUCAAAAUGGAUGCCCUUGGGACGAGGAUACAUGUGGUGCUGCUGCUGAAAGUGGUCACUUGGAAAUUUUAAAAUUGUUGCAUGAAAAUGGAUGCCCUUGGAACGAAGAUACAUGCUCUAAUGCUGCUCUUAUUGGACAUUUUGAAAUGCUGAGGUGGGCACACCAGAAUGGAUGCCCAUGGGACAGAUUCACAUGUGCCAACGCUGCUGAGAAAGGAUGUUUCGAAAUUAUGAAGUGGGCACACCAGAAUGGAUGCCCCUGGGAUGAAAUUACUUGUUCCAAAGCCGCUGAAGGAGGCCAUUUGGAAAUUCUCAUGUGGGCACAUGAGAAUGGAUGUCCAUGGGAUGAGUAUUCUUGUGCCUAUGCUGCUCAAGUUUGCCAUUUGAAGAUUUUGCAAUGGGCACGCGAGAAUGGAUGUCCCUGGGAUCCAAAAACCUGCUACUUUGCGGCCGGGCAAGGGGGUUUGGAAAUUCUCAAAUGGGCGCACGAGAAUGGAUGUCCUUGGGAUGAAUUGACUUGUGCGGAGGCUGCUAAAGGAGGCCAUUUAGAGGUUCUGAAAUGGGCUAGAGAGAAUGGAUGCCCCUGGGACAGUGCCACAUGUGAGGCUGCUAUAGGAUAUGGCCAUUUAGAAGUGCUGUGGUGGGCACGUGAUAAUGGAUGUCCAGAGAACGGGGAGAGCCGGUUCCGGGCCCAACGAGUAGCGGUGGAGAAUGACACUGAUCAGCAGAUGUGA